UGCCCGGGUUGCAGUGUGUCAAACGGCCGCUGGUACCCUGCAUGUGAUCCGGUUUUAUUGAUCCGUGAUCAGGUGUAACAGGCUGUCUCCCUCCGUCUUAUCUUCUCCUUCUUCUCAUCCACCUGUCGGGGAAACAUGCUGCGCGUGCGGGCUGCAGUGAGCCAGUCCUGGAGGGGGUUGAAAACGUUGCCGUUGGCCCCCGUGGAGGUGAAGAAUGAGCCGAUCCUCGGCUUCACAGAGGGGAGUGCAGAAAGAAAAGAUCUGCUGAAGGCGCUGGCCGGUCUGAAGGGGCAGACGGAGGAGAUCCCGUGUGUGGUCGGAGACGAAGACGUCUGGACCAAAGACAUCAGAUAUCAGUUAUCACCGUUCAAUCACUCCCAUAAAGUGGCAAAGUUCUGUUACGCUGACAAGGAGCUGAUUAACAGAGCCAUCGUGGCGUCGGUGGCGGCGAGGAGAGAGUGGGACCUGAAGCCCGUCCAGGACAGAGCGCAGGUUCUGUUCAAGGCGGCCGACGUCAUCAGUGGACCCAAGAGAGCCGAGAUCCUCGCCAAGACCAUGAUCGGACAGGGGAAGACGGUGGUCCAGGCUGAGAUUGAUGCGGCUGCAGAGCUGAUCGACUUCUUCAGAUUUAACGCCCAACACGCCGUAGAUCUGGAGAAACAGCAGCCGCUAAACUCUGAGGGAACCACCAACACCAUGCUGUACCGGGGACUGGAGGGCUUCGUAGCCGCUGUGGCUCCUUUUAACUUCACUGCUAUUGGUGGAAACCUGGCAGGUACUCCAGCUGUCAUGGGCAACGUGGUUCUGUGGAAGCCCAGCGACACGGCCGUGUCGGCCAGCUACGCCGUCUACAGAGUGCUGAGGGAGUGUGGGCUCCCCCCGAACAUCGUCCAGUUCCUGCCAGCGGACGGCCCCGUGUUCGGAGACACCGUCACCGCCUCACCGCACCUGGCCGGCAUCAACUUCACCGGCAGCGUCCCGACAUUUAAGCGUCUCUGGAAGCAGGUGUCCCAGAACCUGGACUCGUACCGGACCUUCCCUCGGCUGGCCGGAGAGUGCGGCGGGAAGAACUUCCACUUCGUGCACAAGUCGGCGGACGUGGAGAGCGUGGUGAAUGGGACGAUCCGCUCGGCGUUCGAGUACGGAGGCCAGAAAUGUUCGGCGUGCUCCAGGAUGUACGUACCGGACAGCACGUGGCCCGCCAUCAGGGAGGGGCUGCUGGCCGUGCACAGCCAGCUCACAGUGGGGGAUCCCGUCGAAGACUUCAGCACGUUCUUCUCGGCCGUGAUCGACGACAAGUCGUUUGCUCGGAUAAAGAAGUGGAUCGACCAUGCCAAGUCCUCCUCCAGCCUGAAGGUCAUCGCCGGCGGUAACUAUGACAACAGCAAGGGCUACUUUGUGGAGCCGACCAUCAUCGAGACCACGGACCCGCGGGACGCCAUCAUGAGUGAGGAGAUCUUCGGGCCGGUUCUGGCCGUUUAUGUUUAUCCAGAGAAGGAUUACCGAGAGGUGCUGCAGCUGAUAGACAACACGUCUCCCUACGCUCUGACUGGAGCCGUGUUCGCUCAGGACAGGACUGUGGUGGACGAGGCAGCGAGAGCUCUGAGAAACGCUGCAGGGAACUACUACGUCAACGACAAAUCCACCGGCUCCGUGGUAGCUCAGCAACCGUUUGGUGGCGCCAGAGCGUCAGGAACCAACGACAAACCGGGCGGUCCUCACUACGUCCUGCGCUGGACGUCUCCGCAGGUGGUGAAGGAGACACACGUCCCGCUGGCAGACUGGAGGUACGCCUACAUGGGCUGAGUCCCGUCCUGCUGGACCAAUCAGAGCCCUCCCUUCCUCCGUCCCUCCCUGCCUCCUCUCUCCCUCCUCCCUCCUUCCCUCCCUCCUUCCCUCCUCUACCAAUCAGCUGGCUCUCAGAAACAACGAUGUGAAUGUAUUGGGACAGCCGAGCGGUGAGAAGCUCCUCCGUCCUCUGAACACUUUAUCUGUCCACGGAUGUUAGUUAUUGAUGCUCAGAUAUCAAUAUUUUUAUUUGUUUUAAUCCAAAUCUAAUUGGUAGUUUCAUUGAUUCAUAAAUGGAGUCUUUGAUUUUAAGGUCAAAAGGAAAAAUAUCCCAGAUUCCAGCUUGUGAAUUCUGAAUAUUUGCUGCUUUUCUUAACUCUUGUGUGAUUCUCAAGUGAAAUAUCUUUGUGUUGGGGAGACAAAUCAAGACAUCUGGAGACUUGAAGAUGAAUCCAUUUAAAUAUUAUUUUAGGUCAAUAUCAGAACAUAAAAGUCUUCCUCUGCAUUACAUCUCCAAACAAAAAGCUUGUUAAUGUCUCAUUUAUAAGUUUAACUAUGAAACAUAUUUCUAAUCGUCUAAAUCAUUUAACCCUUGUGUGAUGUUCGGGUCUGUGGGACCCGUUUUCAAUGUUUGCUAAAAGAAAAAAUAUGCUAUUAAUUAUUUCUUCUAACUCAACCUCAUUGGACUUGGCUCAUUUUCUGUGAAGAACAUAAAAAAUAACAUUUUCAAUGACUGCACACAGUACACCCCCCCCCACACACAUAACUAUUACAUAUGAGGUGUUCGGGUCUGCUGGACCCGAGUGUAAUAAUAGCGUAAUAAUUGUAGGUGCUAUGAAAGUUAACUGCGUCCUCCUCCUACCUGGUGUGUGUGUGUGUGGUCUUUCUGCACCUGCUAUUCCCACACAAAGUUAUAAAAUUGUUACAUUUCAAGCACUUUCACCUGUUCUGAUUAAGUUAUAAUAAUAAGCACCAAUAAUGAUCAAAAAUCAAUAAAGAUCAAAAAUCUUGUUUCAAAUUUUUUUUUACCUUUUUUAUAAUUAAAUUUCCUCAUCAUAUGAUCAUAAAUGUGAUCAAACAGGGAUACAUGGCAAACAUGAACCAUAAUGUAUGUAUAGAUCAUUGGUAAUUGAGCUAAAGUAAAGAUCUGUUAAGUAUUUUUACAUAAAUUGUUAUAGCUGUAUUGAUUUAAAAGCCUAAUAAUGUGGUGGGUCCACCAGACCCGGGAACAUUGGCUGUGUAAGAAAGAAAUAGCACCACACAAGGGUUAAAAGGUGUUUGUGUGGAACUGGUUGUUUCCGGUUUAGAUGUCUGUGCCACAGUAAAAUGUGUCCCAUGUUCAGUAAGAAACAAGCAGCAGUGAAAGUGUCUGGCAGAUGUUUCACAUGAACCAGAUGUUUUUAAAGUGCUGAUAACGUUCAUGAUGACGCAGAUCUCUGCUGCUUUGUCUUUUCUCAAACACUGUGAUUAACGUAUAUAUUUUCUGAAGAGUAUUUUGUAUUUUAAUCUUUUGCUGUCGUCAAACAACUGCAGCUGAUUGAUAUUUUCAGAACCUGCCUUAGUAGGACCUUUGUGAAUCAGAUGAUCAUUUUUGACAAUAAAUAUUAAAUUAUUAUGAUUUAAAUUCA